CGCCUAAAAGAAAGAUGGAAGAGUCUGGCAAUUGAAAUUUCCACAGCAUUUAAGACUUGCAGAAAGGUCGCCGAUGGUGGACUCGCUGCAUGCAUACACAUGUAGUGCCAACAAGACCGCCACUCUUGCUUAUCGUCCACGCUGAUUACCUUCCAGACUACCUUUCCCCGUCAAGGCCGCGUCUAAUUGUUACCAACUCCUCGUCUUCACCCCUGCAUGCCCUUUGUAUAUAUAUAGCCUAGAAACCAUGUGACCUUGGCAAUCCCAUUGAGUUAUAUACUUCAAAGCGGAAGUUAGAGAAUAGGUCUAGUCUUAAAGAGAAGAAGAAUAAAAAAAAGGAAAUGGCAAGGUUUCUCGGUGUAGCUUUUGGGUUUCUUGCGGUGGUUUUGCUGCAAUGUGCGGCGGCACAAACGGUGCAUGUGGUGGGGGAUAACAUAGGUUGGACUAUUCCGACAGGUGGUGCACAAGCUUACACAAACUGGGCUAAUAGCAAGAAUUUCGUUGUUGGGGAUAUCCUUACUUUCCAAUUUGCUACCGACUCCCACGAUGUACUCCAAGUCCAGAAGGCUUCCUUCGAUGCAUGCACUACUUCAAAUUCCAUCGGAGACAUAAUCACCACUGGCCCUGUCAAUAUCACAUUGGACGCCGCUGGCGAUCACUUCUACAUCUGCACAUUUUCUCAGCAUUGUCAGCUUGGCCAGAAACUAGCCAUUACUGUCUCAUCAUCAGGAGGCACACCAGGAGUCUCACCUCCCUCCACCACCCCAAGACUGUCUCCACCAACCACUCCUUCACCCACUAACACCCCUGCCAUUUGCCCACCUGAUGCCCCAGCGGGUGCACCCACAAGCCCUUUAACUCCUCCAGGAGCAAUGGGCCCCAAUGUUAACACCCCUCCAUCGGAAUCCUCAUCUUCUAAGGUCUUGGCUGGUAUCUCGGCCUCCACUUUGGCUGUUCUCAUGGGUCUUUUCUUCUAGGGAUACUCCUACAUAAUGUCCUUUUUUUUUCUUUUUGUGGAUUUUAUUCUUAAUCAUAUAAUAAAGUUAUGAAUUUUUGUUCGAUAGGGAUCAAUUUGGCUUUAUUUCAGUCCUAUGGUAAUAAAAUCGUAUUCAGACACACUUCUUGU